AUGUUUGAAUAUGUCAUUCAUCAUGAAAAGGACAAAAUUAUCAAUAUCACAAAUGAAUUAAAGAUCGAUAUGGAAAGACAUUGGUUUUUACUUGAUUAUCUUUACGACAAGUUAUCAUUUAAAGAAGAUAUACUUGGCAAAUCAUGUACAUUUGUAACUAUUGUCGUAUAUUACCUCUCAAAUGGAACUAAUAUGUUCAUUAUUCCAUUAUAUCAUUACCUAUCAACCUUGACGGACACAAUUCACACUAUGGUAGUCGCAUAUAUACGAUGGUUAAGACUGAAAAAAGACUACGACCUUGUUAAACCGAUACUUGAAGAGCAUGAUGAACGGAUUUAUUUUGAACAAAUAGAUUUGAAUUAUGCAUUACAUAUUCGAGAUCUUUCAUUUCAAUAUGAAGGUAAACGUGAAGCUUUUCAUUUGCAAUUACAUGGCAUUCUAACAUUCAAAAUGGGAGAAGUAAUACUGAUAACAGGCAAAAGUGGUGCAGGUAAAUCGACGUUCUAUGAUAUUUUAAAUGGUUCAAUACCGACAAAAGAUUAUUCAGCAACGAUACAAAUUGAUAAUAGCCAAGAAUCAAAGACUCUUCAUGCAAUUGAAAAGUGUCGAACAAUGGUUUUACAGGAUAGCGACAUGGAUUAUCGAUCAACUAUUUACAGUAUGAUCACGGAUAUUGAUGAAGAUGAAGUAAUACAAAUGAGAACUUCAGAACUCGAUUCACUCGUAUGGGAAUUUCUUCGCCUUGUUCAAAUCGAUGAUUUCGUUCGAAACGAACUCAAUUCAGAUCUCGAUCAAGCAAUGGAAAAUAAACUUAGCGGUGGACAAAAAACACGAUUAUUAUUAGCACGAGCUUUGUACCGUGCUCACAAUCGUAAUUCUUCUUUACUUAUUCUUGAUGAGCCUGAUCGAGGUCUUCCAGCAGAAACAACAUUGAGCAUUAUUGAAAAUAUCAUGAAAUGGUAUCGAUCAAAAGGUAUACUAAUUCUCACGCUACAUACAGAACGGGCACAUUUACUCAAUUUUGAUCAAGUUCUACAUAUUGAAGAAGGGACUAUAACAAAAAUCAAAUAA